AUGGAUGGGUUUGAGAAGGGUGCUACUAACAGACCCGAGUUACUGGAUUUUGCUUUGAUGAGACCGGGUCGGUUUUCCAGGAAAGUGGUUGUGGGGUUAGUUGGGGCUGAUCUUCAAAAUAUAGCUAAUGAGGCUGUAAUGCUUGCUGCUCGUAGAGGUGGUGAUUUUGUGACCAAGAAGGAUGUUCUUGAAGCUGUUGAGAGGGAUACAACGAAUAUUUGUAACAAUGAUACUAACGGUGAAGCUAAAUCACCAUAUUUGUUUGCACAAAUGGCAUUAGAAAGCAUGCAUGUCUAG